GCUUUAGAAGGCAAGUGUGACGUGUUUUUCGAUCCUCGAGUAUAAAAAGCCUCACAAGCUCAGCUAUCUCACUCUGAUGCUUCCGAAAAGUUGGUUUUGUGAGGCAGCCUAAUCUCAAAGAGCUUCAUUUGCUUUCCUUUCCGUGUGCCCCAUUUCAUCUGCAUCCGGGCUGUUCGGUCAUAGCUGCCCGACCUUAAACCAUCAUGAUGUCCAAUCUUGUCGCCCAGCUAGGCACAUUACUCCUGCUACUGCUUUCGAUCUCUGGAACGGAAGCCCACCGGCCGCACCUCGACGAUGGCACGCAUGUAUCCAUUGCUAAUGCGUGGGAAUGGCCAGAUACCAGUAUCGCAAGAAUCUUGAUGACUACCCAAGACUGUCCAUCUUUGCCAGUCUAUACGAAGAUCACCAUCACCAAUAUUAGCACGCCAGUAGCUGUCAGCAUCGGCAUUCCCAAUAUAACAACACUGUACGACUAUCGCCCGUCGCUAUGGUUCAUCGGCAAAUCCGUUGUCGUUCCAGAGACCUAUCAAACAGAUGGCGACAUAUGCAAGCAAGGACUUUUACCAAAUGCGACGGGCCUUCAGCCGAGGGUACCUCGCGGUUUCAAUGCUGUUGAAUACCCAGCAGAGGCCAGCAGCCUCUUUCGAGGGUUCAGCGAAUCCGACCUGAUAUCUGGUUAUGCAAUACUUGGCGCCAAUAUCACGGUCUCGGCACCUGGAGAUGUAUUUGUAGUGCUUCAACCGACCGAACACAGGCGCGCUCGUACUUGGAUUGCCGUUGGACGUGACGAGACUCCUGACCCGAACGAGGUUGGGCGUGCUAGCGAGGUGGAUGAGCAUGCAUGGUUCUCCUCUACUUCAACGCCGCUGUUAGGCUCGAUGUGCGUGCCGUGGGGGAGUAUGCAGUAACACCGUUGCUACUUGACACAAAGGAGGGCCAGUACCAGGUUGAUGACAAGAGCUAGCUGUUGGGACGAUGGGUAAGAGAUGUAUUUCCGCGAAGAUACAAUAAUCAAAUCACCCCUUCAGUUAGCAGACCUAUACCAUUACAUAGUAAUCGUUGCCAAUAGAAGCUCGGUUUUUGAGUUGAAGAACUGGUCAAAGAUCUAUAAAGCCAGCAGGUAAUGGCUCGUCUCUAAACCAUUUCUGCACAGUGUCUGCAAAGAGUUUUGGUGCUUGACGGUUCCAAGGAUGUCUCAUCUGAGGAUGCAUCACGGCACGCGUGUUAUUGUUUCCUCGAUUGCCGAUGCCGGCCAGCUUCCGAGCAUCGUGUGGGUGAUCACUUGUCGGAAGAAGACCAGCUUUCCCGGCGGCAAUGACAAGAGUGGGUUGAGGCCAUGGGUCUGGCCAGCCAUCCGAGGCAAGCAUAGGCUGACAAAUUUGGCGGCAGAGGUCGAGAGUACAGAAUGUAUUAUCGGAACGUCUGAUGUCGGUGCCGUCCAUCAACCAGCGAACCAGUGGUCGAGGUACGCUGUUUUCGAUGCGUCUCAUCGCCCAGGUCAAAUGGGGAACGUAGGGUGAUAGUCGUGUGGUAGGAAAGACCUCGAAGCCCGAAAGCAAGACUCGAGAGACAACCUGUGGGUAGUGCGAUGCUAGAUGGACCGCUAUGUGAGCACCCAGGCUAUGGCCUACAAUAUAAGCGUGAGCAUCAUGGGCAUGUUCCACGAUCAGCUUCCGUAAGAGACGUGAAGCAUUGUCGACCGAAAAAGGCGUUACGGCGCGCGAGUUUCCAUGCCCGGGCAUAUCAGGAAUCAGCAAGUGAUAGUCGGUCAAGAAUGGCGUUACCAAAUCCCAGUCGCUUCCAGCAGCGAAAGCUCCAUGAAUAAGUACCACAGUCGGCUGUGCAUUGGGGUUGAGGGAUAUAUACGCGAGAUUGUCUUCCUUUGACGAGGGAGAGGUGGUGACACCCAUGGGAGAACGUUGAUUGGGUGGUGCUGGAUCUUCUAACAUAAAUCAGGAGUCGCACAGGAACUCGAAGACCUGUGUAGCAACGGAGGCGAUCUUCCAGUUGACGAAUUUCAAGUGGCCAACAGAUUCAAGUGAUCCUUGUGUACGGAAAGAGUGCGUGCCGAGCAAGACAUAAAGACCUACUGAACGAGGAGGAGGAUGAAGGGUUCUGGCCUUGAACUCAUCCAGCCGUAAAUUGAGGAUUCCCUUUAUGGCAAGUUAGGCGAGGCGUGCUGAGCAGCCAAAGCCCAUGAACUCCGUACUCCGUACAGUACCUAGUAUCCUCUAAUACCCGCAGAUUCUGAUGGCCAUUCUCUUGCCUCAGAAGCUGAAGUUCACUUACUAAAAUAAAUCGAACAAUGUAAAAGUACAAGUUUGGUCACUUAUUUUGGAGGAUUCAUCCAGACGUCACAUUCAAGUCAUGAACUUUGACCCCAUGAGAAGCUGGUCAGGCUAUCUCACAAGUACGCAGUGUGCCUACCCUCAAGGAAGUGUGAAGGAUUUGUGGGUCACGAAAUGGUUUCCGCCUUAAAGUCUGCCUUCGCCUUUCACUCGCAGCUUGUCACCAUACAACAGUAUAGCGAUGGUGGCCGGAAUAGUGGAUAAUGCAUCGCCGGAGCAAACAAUGGAAACCCAAACGCACACAGGCUGCGGAAGAGCUGGGACGAGGCGGAAGCUGAGCUAGCGUACUCUGGAGUUGCGUCGAUAACGUAGGCCUGAAGAGCCUGUCCGGUGAUUUGUUGUCCACAUGUGAAGAUUGCUACGCCAAAAUCAACCAUCAGCCAAGACCUUCUUCUUUGGGCGCCCCAACCAUACAACAAGAGACCAAGGAGUGUCACCAAGCUGGCAGGUAUCAUGACUGGGACAUGGUGUUCAGGCUUUGUAAUGCCAUUCGCCCGGGCUUUGAGACGGGCGAAGAUAUGGUCCAUCAAAAAACCACCAAUUUGUGCCCCGAUCACCUCGCCCACACAGACAGAUAUAUAGUGUAGUCCACUGGUAGAGACACUUUCGUGAUAUGUCGAAGUCCAAAGGUCUGAAUACGAUGACAAGACAAGAUAUAGGAUUCCAUAAGACAAGCCGGACAGACAAGCCUGGAUCUGAAUGAUAUGGUGGAAGAGCAGCAGUCUGAUUGGCCUGGAAAGGGACCAUCUCAACACCCAGAAUGCCGAACGGCCUUCUACCAACUUUUCAUUCGUUGUGUGAUAACGAUGAUCCCCACUCUGAGUGCGAAGCCGACGUGCCUUUCGAAACAGAAUCAAAGGAGCAUAGGUCUCUUGAAAGAUUGGGACCGACGCCAAGGUCAUUAUGGCCUGGAAUAUCGAUGUCGACCAGAAAAUCCAGCGCCAGGUCGUCCCUGCCACAAUGAAACCUCCAAUGAUGGGGCCCACGGCAACUCCAAGAAGUGAGAUCAGUAGAUACAUCCCAAGUGAUCGCCCACGCUGCUCCGGAUACCAAACAUCUCCAAGCACACCACUUGCAAGCACGUAUACCGCACCAGCACCAAGUCCUGCAAGCAGACGG